AUGUAUGCAUUGGCGCAGGUACGCCCUCACCUCCGUCCGCGUGCAUUGAACGCGGCUCGCCGUUUCACCACCUCCCAGCACAAUGAUGCGCCCGCUGCGACCGUGGCCGAGGCUUUCCUAUCGCGCUUCCAGUCGCUGGGACCUCAAACACGCACUCAGACUCUCGAUGCCAAUCAGUUACAGCUUCUCAGCCUCACCCUGAACCGGCCUUCCCUCUUCCCAGGGUCGCCUUCACUGUCCAACACUCCAACUGCUCCUCCACUCGAUACGCCAGUGCCGCCUGGGUACCACCUCGUGUAUUUCACCCCAGCUUUCUUGGAGUCAGAGCUCGGCACAGACGGUACCGAUGCGUCAUACAAUCCAGAGGCACCGUUCACGCGCCGCAUGUGGGCGGGUGGUGAGGUGCUCUGGCCGCGCGGUGCUGAUGAGCAGCCCAACCCGUUGCGCGUCGGACAACAAGUGAGCGAGACCACACGGGUGCUCAGCGCUGAGUCCAAAGUAGUCAAGAAGACUGGCGAGGACAUGAUCGUGGUGGGCGUGGAGAAGGAAUUUGCCAAUGAGCAGGGGGUCUCCAUCGUUGAUCGAAGGAACUGGGUUUUCCGCAAAGCUCUCCCUGCAACAGCUGCCUCGGCCCCGUCGAGCGCGCCGUCCUCAUCCUCAACCUCCCACCUGACUCUCCCGAAGCCUUCAUCGACCAUCACGGAAGGGAACACUCACACUCGCACGCUGGUGCAAACCCCCGUCACGCUCUUCCGAUUUUCGGCCCUGACAUUCAACCCUCACAAAAUCCACUACUCUCUUCCCUGGGCGCGUGAUGUGGAGGGACACCGGGACAUCGUGGUCCAUGGCCCUCUGAACCUGAUCUCUAUCCUGGACCUGUGGAGGGACGUUCGAAGCCGGAAUACUGCAGAUCCGACGACGAUCAUCCCUCAGCACAUCUCAUACCGUGCGACGAGCCCACUGUAUGCGGGAGAAGAGUAUCGGGUUUUGCUACAGGAGGAAGGAGAUAUCGCCAAGGUCGACAUCCUCGCACCGGGCGAAGUGGUCGCCAUGAAAGCAGAGAUCCAGGCGUAA